UUCUCCAUUAAUUAUUCAUCGUGAUUCUACACAAAGACAGAGAGAAAACCAAAACCCAAUCACCGGCCUCCGAAUGCUUAUUCUACAAGUUUUGAUGACUCAUGAAUAAGCCCAAUCGUUGAUAAAGAGACUUUCUUCUUCUUUUUUAUCUACAUGUAGACAUAGGUUAUGUCUACAUGCAGAGACAUUAUGGAAGAACAAACCCCGAUUUUGAUUUUGAAUUUGAAUAGAAUCAAGGGAGGAGGAGGAGGAAUAAGGAGACCGUUAUGGGUAUCUGUGCUGAUUCUGUUCACUGUAAUUGCUCUGUUUAGUCUACAUAUCAAUAGAGAAUAUUCAAUUUUCUCGAUCCCUUUGGAUUUCAUUUCGGGUCGGGUAGGAGUAGUAUCGGGUUAUCAACAGAAGAGCUGCUCUGAUUUCUUCAAACAGGUACCAGCGAGGAAGGUGGUGAAAUCGAUCAGGGAUUUCGGUGGAAUUGGGGAUGGAAAAACCUCAAAUACAAAGGCGUUUCAACGGGCCAUGGAGUUUAUGGUCCGUUUCACGGAGAGUGGUGGGUCCCAGCUUGUUGUUCCUAAAGGUCGAUGGCUUACUGGUAGUUUCAAUCUCACUAGCAAUUUCACGCUCUUCCUCGAAUAUGGCGCUGUUAUCCUCGGUUCUCAGGAUCCAAAUGAAUGGCCGAUAAUCGACGCUCUGCCUUCAUAUGGAAGAGGGAGAGAAAGACUGGGAGCGAGACAUAUUAGCCUUAUUCAUGGAAAUGGUCUCACCAAUGUUGUAAUUACAGGGGAAAAUGGGACUGUAGAUGGUCAGGGAAAGAUGUGGUGGGAUCUUUGGUGGAAUAGAACCCUGGUACACACCAGAGGCCACCUUGUUGAACUGAUUAACUCUCAGAACAUCCUGAUCCAAAAUCUUACACUCAUGAACUCCCCAUUUUGGACAAUUCAUCCCAUCUAUUGCAGGUUCUUGCUCUCUUGAUAAACUGCUCUAUCUAUUUUUGCAUGGUACUUAUGAAUGGAGUACUAAUUACUUUGGCUCGAGGAAAUUGCUCUUCAUUGCUGCACAGUAUUUUUUUGAAAAGUUGAUAUCCAUAUUCAAUUAAUCAAUCAAACAACCAUACAU